AUGUCACAGCAAGAGGGGCCAGGACCCGACGAGAUGGAUCUCUUACCCACCGGCGCAGCUCUCGCAGGACAAGCGCAAGGACCCGACGAGAUGGAUCUCUUACCCACCGGCGCAGCUCCCGCAGGGCAACAGGAAGGGGAUGCAUUUGCCGAGAUGGAUACCUCGCCGAUUGGCGCAUCUCUAACAGGACCAGAGACUGUGCAAGUGGAAGGGUGUUCGGACAGCCACAUACCGAGCCUCAGCCAACAGCCGACACCAGCAAGUACCGCUCCUCUGAGACCAAAUGCACCCCGAGUUCCUCCGAACCCCCGGGCCCAAGAGACCGAGAAGCCUGUCGCACCGCCGUCAACAUCCCUUCCCUUCGUGCAUUGCAGCAUCCUCCAGUACUUGAUUGACCGUACCGAAGCCAGGGUCAAGCCAACUCAAAAGCAGAAGGACGCCAUUUUUGUCAAGCACAACUGGAUCGCGGGAAAGUUCACCUUCCAGGCCUCUCUCAAGGGCAUCUGGCAACUGUUCAAGACCAUCGAUCACUCCAUCGAUAAACAAGGCUUCAGCAUCACGGCGAAAAACUCCCUCGAUGCCGACGAGUACGAACACCUGGCGAAUGCGUACGCUCGCGCCUUCAACACCAACCGAAACCACCGCACCACCUCCAUCAAGGUGUUCGUAUGGGUCAACCUCGAGCGUUUAAAACAGCAGGGCGAAUCUGACCCUAAACUCGCGGACAUGAUUGCCGAUGCCAUCGCCACUGGCACGGCAUGUGAGGCCUUUCUCCUCACGCUAUUCCAGUGGCAGCACCUCGGAAUCCUCCUCAUCCCCUACGAAAUCCUCCACCGGCCUGAAAAGAAACUCAGACGACCUGGCGCCCCAACCCUAUCCAAAUGGGGCAAGGCCCGCAUCCAGAUGAUGACAGAAGUCUACAGUAUCUACGCGGACAUGCCAUCCAUGCGACUAUUUCUGGCCGAAUUCGGUCCCUACCUAGAAGACCUCCUCCUCCCGACUUUCGUCGACAGUUCGAUGAUAAGGUACCAUUUCUGUCAACUCCUCGAACGCAAAUUCUCCAACAUGCUCGGAAAUCGAUCGGCGAAAGAGUGGCUCGAAUCCGACACCGACACGCAUUCCUCCUUGCCGGACAUCCUCUUCCGCACCGAAGGCCAUGACCAUGUCCGUUUCGAUGUUGGGUCCAUCAACGUCUCGAUACCAAGAAUGGCAAUGUUCAGUCUCAUACCCGAGGCCUCGUUGCAGCCCGAAAUCAUGGACCUCCUUGUCCAUUCCGUGUCGUCCCCGUGCGAAGAUAUCGUCUACAUCGAUUCGCUAGACAUCUUCCAGCCCAAACCAACUGGUUACGAAUGGGACCCGCAAAUAAAAGAGAUUGUAUUUUCACAUAUCGAUAUCGACAGCCGUGGUUGGGUGGCGGUUAGGGUCGAGACGACGUCUCAUCCGCCAACUGUGCGGAUAAUGCACCCUCUGCGUUCUGAUCCGGGAUUAAGCAAGAGUCGUUUACCCCCAUCAAGAUUGACCCAAGCAGUCCGAGAGGUCCUAGAAAGACAGGCUAUACAUCUCUCCAACUCAUCUCUCAUCCUAUACCAGGACUGCACGAAUACGCCCUCGUCUUCCGAUAGUGGGAUUAUCAUAGCAAGGACUUGCAUGGAUCUGGUCUCACAAGGUUCGAGCGGACGUCAAAGUACGAGUGUGGCACCUAUGAGCAGGGAGGCUAUUGAAGAAGCCAGGCUAGAAUUUUAUAGCAUAUUGGAUUCGCUGAGGGUGAAGGGAGAGGAUGAGCUCGAAAGCAGUGGCCCGGAGGACACUGAAUUUUCGGAUUCUUGA